CGGGAGGGCGGGGGAGGCUCGCCCGGGCGGCGCCAGCAUGGAGGGGCCGGGAGAGGAGGAGGAGGAGAAGGAGGAGGGUGGCGGUGGAGGGGGGGGGGGGGCCCCGGGGCAGCCGCUCCGUUUCGGGGGGCGCACACCGAGCCCCGAAGCGGGCGCUUCACGGCCCGAGCUGCGGCGGAGGCGGCGGCAGGAGGAGCCGCGACGAGCCGAGCGCCGCCGCCGCGCCUCCCCUACCGCCAUCCUCCCUCCCCUACCCGCGCCGGCUCGGCCUCGGCCUCGCCCGGGCAGCGGCUUCCCCCCCCCCCCCCCCCCGCCCCGCCACCUCCCCACCACAGGCCCCGGCGGCGGGCGUCUGGCCCGAAGCGACCGGGCAACGGCGGCAGCGGCGGCGGCGGCGCGCUCCCUUCCGCCCUUUUCCUGGGUCUCUCUCGGGCAGUGACGUGACGUGCUGACGGCGGGCCCGGCCCGGGGAGCUUGGCCGCUUCCACUCAGCUCCGAGCUCGGCCCCUCCCUCCCCUCCCGCCCGCCCGCCCCGCCGCAGCCGCCGCCGCCGCCGCCACCACCGCCGCCGCCGCGCUCGGCCCAGUCGCGCUGAGAAGAGGCCGCGCCGAGGCGAGCGCCGCCGCCCGCCACCCGCACGACACUGUGACUGAUGAGAGUUAAAGGCCAUGGAUGAAGAUGGGCUUGAAUUGCAGCCACAUGAGCCAAAUGCAUUUUUUGACCCAACAGGAGCUGAUGCAGCACAUAUGGAUGGAGAUCAGAUUGUUGUGGAAGUACAGGAAACAGUGUUUGUUUCAGAUGUAGUCGACUCAGAUAUAACCGUGCAUAAUUUUGUUCCUGAUGAUCCAGAUUCUGUAGUAAUCCAAGAUGUCAUUGAGGAUGUUGUUAUCGAGGAUGUUCAGUGCCCAGAUAUUAUGGAGGAGCCAGACGUAUCUGAAACUGUCAUUAUUCCUGAACAAGUGCUGGACACAGACGUAGCCGAAGAGGUUUCUUUGGCUCAUUGCACCGUCCCAGAUGACGUUUUAGCUUCUGACAUAACAGCAGAAGCAAUGUCUAUACCAGAACAUGUACUGACAAGUGAGUCAAUGCAUGUACCUGAAGUUGGACAUGUAGAACAUGUAGUUCAUGAUAAUGUUGAAGAAGCAGAUAUUGUCACUGAUACUCUGGGAACAGAUGUUGUUUCUGAGGAAGUCUUGGUGGCAGACUGUGCAUCAGAGGCAGUCAUCGAUGCCAAUGGAAUCCCUGUGGAACAUCAAGAUGAAAAGGGCAACUGUGAAGAUUACCUUAUGAUUUCCUUGGAUGAUGCUGGUAAGAUAGAACACGAAGGUUCUGCUGAAAUUACCAUGGAAGCAGAGUCAGAAAGUGGCUCUUGUAAAGUGGAUGGCAUUUGUCCAGAAGUCAUCAAGGUCUAUAUAUUCAAAGCAGAUCCUGGAGAAGAUGACUUAGGGGGCACAGUAGACAUUGUGGAGAGCGAGCCAGAGAAUGACCACGCAGUUGGAUUACUUGAUCAAAAUAGCAGUAUUCGUAUUCCAAGGGAGAAAAUGGUUUACAUGACUGUAAAUGAUUCUCAGCAUGAAGAUGAAGACUUAAAUGUUGCAGAAAUAGCUGAUGAGGUUUACAUGGAAGUGAUUGUAGGAGAGGAGGAUGCAGCAGUGGCCCAUGAACAGCAAAUUGAUGACACUGAAAUUAAAACUUUCAUGCCCAUAGCUUGGGCAGCAGCUUAUGGUAAUAACAACGAUGGCAUUGAAAGUCGGAAUGGCACUGCAAGUGCUCUUUUGCACAUAGAUGAGUCAGCUGGACUUGGGAGACUGGCUAAGCAAAAACCAAAGAAAAAAAGGAGACCUGAGUCUAGGCAGUAUCAAACAGCAAUAAUCAUUGGCCCUGAUGGUCAUCCGUUGACAGUCUACCCCUGCAUGAUUUGUGGAAAGAAAUUUAAAUCUAGAGGUUUCUUGAAAAGGCACAUGAAAAACCACCCAGAGCACCUUCUUACUAAGAAGAAAUACAGAUGCACAGACUGUGAUUACACUACGAAUAAAAAAAUAAGUUUACAUAACCACUUGGAGAGUCAUAAGCUGACCAACAAAACAGAAAAGCUUAUUGAGUGCGAUGAGUGUGGGAAAAGCUUCUCUCAUGCAGGAACUUUAUUUACUCACAAGAUGGUGCACAGGGACAAAGGAGUUAAUAAAAUGCACAAGUGCAAAUUCUGCGAUUAUGAGACAGCAGAACAAGGAUUACUGAAUCAUCACCUCUUAGCUGUCCACAGCAAGAACUUUCCUCAUAUUUGCGUGGAGUGUGGCAAAGGAUUUCGCCAUCCGUCAGAGCUCAAGAAGCACAUGCGAAUCCACACUGGUGAAAAACCGUACCAGUGCCAAUAUUGUGAAUACCGAUCUGCCGACUCUUCUAACUUGAAAACUCACGUAAAGACUAAACACAGUAAGGAAACGCCAUUCAAGUGCGAUAUUUGUUUCCAGACUUUUUCAGAUACCAAAGAGCUACAGCAGCAUACGCUUAUGCAUCAAGAAAGUAAAACACAUCAGUGUUUGCAUUGUGACCACAAGAGCUCAAACUCGAGUGAUCUGAAACGACACAUAAUUUCAGUCCACACAAAAGACUAUCCUCAUAAGUGUGAUAUGUGUGAUAAAGGCUUUCACAGGCCUUCGGAACUGAAAAAACACGUGGCGGCUCACAAGGGUAAAAAAUUGCACCAAUGCAGACAUUGUGACUUUAAGAUUGCAGAUCCGUUCAUUCUGAGUCGCCACAUACUCUCAGUUCACACAAAGGAUCUUCCAUUCAGGUGCAAGAGAUGUAGAAAGGGCUUUAGGCAACAAAACGAGCUGAAAAAGCACAUGAAAACACACAGUGGCAGGAAAGUUUAUCAAUGUGAGUACUGUGAGUAUAGCACUACAGACGCCUCAGGCUUCAAACGGCAUGUUAUUUCCAUUCAUACAAAAGACUACCCUCACCGUUGUGAGUAUUGCAAGAAAGGUUUCCGAAGGCCUUCAGAGAAGAACCAGCACAUUAUGCGGCAUCAUAAAGAUGUUGGGCUGCCUUAAAGUCUCUUUCACAGACUUACGGCUGGAAUUAGAAAGGAAUUUUGCCUUUCAGGCAGUUAGCUUAUUUUAAAGCCAAUCACCUGCGAUCACACACAAAAAAACAACAAAAAAAACAUACUGUGCAUUUGAUUUGUUGCUGUAUAAAAAUAGGAUUAUUGCUUCUAGUUGACUUUUAUACCUUUUGUUCAAUAGCGUGUUCUGAAUUCUAUUCAGUUUGUUUAAUAAAUGAAGAAAAGAUGGCAACAAUAAAGUUGCAUUUAAUAAAGUAAACCCUGUCUCUUACUGAAUUUUUCAACCGUAAUAGUUUAUUUAAGUAUAUUUAUCUUACUGACCUCGUUGAUACUCACAGUGUCCAUGUUAAUGCAGUUUUGUCGUGAAUUUUAAAAAUAGGAAAUUUCUCUUGAUUAAAAUUGUCAGGGGUGUGUAUAAAAUGGGGAAUUGUGAUGUUGAAGAUAAAGUCACUAGGGCCCACCUGAUUGUCUUGUUUUGACUAUACAGACUUUGUGGCAGGUUAACUAUUUUCCAUUUGAGGAGUUACACAUCUAACUUUAUUGCGGAAAGCUAUUCUGCGUUUCAAUUCAGGUUUCAGAGAGAAAAAUAUUUUAAAAGCUGGUUUGGGGCAUUUGUUACCUUUCUUUGGCGAAUUUAAAAGUAUGCUCAAACAUGUUUAUUGUUCUGUGCUUCUUUGUCUUUGAAAGGUUUUGCGUGUUACAAAUGAGUUGGGUUUUUUUUUCAAUUUACAGCUGUCUUAAUGUUGGAAACGUAAAAUACUGUUGUUCCAUUUACAGAGUUAAUAGAUCACAACUGUCUGUAUGUGCCGGUAAAAGUACCUCAAACUUAAUGCUUUUAUGUAUAUUGGUAUUUCUUUGAAAGAACAGUUUCUGGUUCAAGUCACAUUUUUAUUGUGAGUUGUUUUAGAAUAAAAUUUAAGACCAAGAGGUGCCUCCAUUUUGGAAACGGAGAUAUUUACAGUGAGGGCUUCAGAGGGGGAUGGAGUGGAGCAGAUGUGUUCAUAAGGAGUAGAGAUGUUUUAAUGUAGAUAUCCUCAAUAAGAAAAGUAACUUACGAUAGAACUGUUCCUAAAUUGAAUGUUUUUCCUGAGCCAUUAGCAGCUGCAUUAAGCUGCUGUUUAUUAAUUAGUGCAGUAUCCAGAAUUAACCCAGUUCUUUUAAUCUGUUUAUAAACAGCUGGGAGAACAUUACAAUUAUUAUAUGCAAUUUUGCCACCUGAAGACUAUUAUAAAAUAGCGCCAUAGCAUUUGCUAAUUACAGCAUAAAUGUACCAAGCAUGAAGUCAUGUACCUUAACAACAACUGUGGAGCAAAAAACCCAAACCAUUUAAUAACAUGCCAGAUUUUAGGACCCGGCCCCGCUCCCCUUGCUCAAAUUCCCGCCAAAGCCGCUGGUUGACGAUGGAUUGCAGAAUUCCGACCCGGCUGCCUGCCGGAUUAGGAUAGAUUUGGAACCAGCAGUUCGCUAGCGGAAAGGGUUCAGAGCCUGGCCCAGGGUUGACUCUUGUUUCUAGGCAGGUGAAGUUAGGAAUGAUUUCAGGUUUGGGGUGAUAAAGGGACAAAGGUUUCCUUUCAGAUGUGCAUCUGCUAAGCCUUUUGUAUUUUGUUUUGUUACCAAGCCCCGCUCCUACUUCUCAGCCCUCCUGUUUCACUGUAAGCCGAAAUACUUGUGUGUAGUUUGCAGUUCAGGAGAGUCGAAUGCCAUGUCACUACCUUUAUUGUGUAAUGUUUUUUUCUUUUGACGCCUGCGUGACGGUGCCCCCAGACUUGUCCGACGUGCUCUUGUAUAAUAUUGCUACUAACGGGCCGUGAACCCUUAGUGUGUAAUACCCAGAUGUGCUGCACUGUGCCUUCGUUGAAAUCCCCGGUGAAGUCAGUGGAUUUUCUACAUGGCCGUAGCUCUGUCUGUUGCCUACUGAUUGCCAAAUCAGACGCAGUAAAACCCAGUAGAGAUUUUCCAUUCGCGUCUCGCAGAGUGCACUCCUGUGACUUUCCCCCCCGCCCCCCCUUACGUUCAAGCAUUUUCUAACUGGAAACCUGAAAAGUGUACAAAAUCUGCGUAAAUUCCCAUAGCAUUGCUGAGGAUUUUAGCCAUUUUGAACUUUAUUUUUUUAAAUAAGCUGAAAGACAAAGAACACAAUUUUACACAUUUGCUUUCUCUUACGUAGCCUGGAAUCAUACACACUUUUUUUUUUAAAGCACAAUGUUGGAACUUUUUUUUUUUUUUUUUUUUAAUAAUUAAGGGUUUGGUCAAGUGGAUUUUGUAAAAUGUAUUUGUCUGUAUAAAGAGAAAAUGAAAUUAUAGUUAUUGUUAAUGUACUGACAUUAGUUACAGGUUAGUUUUAAUUCUUAAAUAAUUUGCUUAGCAAAUGCUAUAAAAUGGAUGUUUCAGUUUAAUGUUUAAAAAAGGUACAGAUUUUUACAAGGACAUAAUAUAAAUUAUUGUUCUGUAGAAAAUACCCUGUUAAAUAUUGUAUACGUCCUUCCCUCUGUACACUUUGUAAAAAAGACAAAAGAAAAAAACAAAAUACAUAGAAUCAUAUAGGGAUGUGUGACAUUAUUGUAAUUGUGUACUUGAUAAUAACGUGAAAAAAUAAAAUUCAAAAUAUUUUCCUGUUAA